AUGAGUAGUGCACAACUAUACAGCACAUUGGAGAGAACCCAAUUUGCAUUGGGAAAGCCGCUCCCUGCAGCCUGUUUUAUUGCCGGACCACAAACCUACCGAAAACGACCCCGUUUACACACAAUUCGACCAAAUUUUCAAACCCCAGGAAACGAAACAAACUAUCUCACGUCGAAACUCGCAGCUACAACAAUAGAACUUGAAGGCUAUAUCUACCGCUACGUCGUCUUCCAGGACCUCUCCAAUGCGCCGAUUGUGCGAAAAUGGAAUUCCCAGGAUAACACGACCAUCCGAGAUAAGGUAAACGCGCAACUUUUCACAUCAUGGAAUUACUUCGACGGCAGCAUCGCGGUCUGGAACGGCUCCCAAUUAGCGGUGGCUUACAACUGGCGGAAAGAGCACGAUGUCACGGGUAACUUUGUGAUGGCCUACCAGGGCAUCGAUGGCGAUAUAUAUGUCGCCGUUGUCGUCGGCGGCAUCGACUGGACGACUCCCGCUCAGGUUAUCGACCGUCGCUCGGUUGUUUCUAAUACGAGCCUGGCUCUUGUGUCGCAGUUAAACCCGACCAGGACAUGGAUUUCCGACCUGGCACAGCAAAACACGGGUUCGAUACCAUUGGCCAACUAUACCAACGGCACUUGUGUCCAAAAUCGUACAGUCAAUCAUGAAAUUCCCUUUCUGUCGCCUAUUACGCAGUUUGCGAUUGCCUCGUGGGAUAAUUGGACAAGUUAUCUUUAUCUGGCAUUAUUUUCCAACGGAACAAUCAUGGGGCACUUUGAUAGAGCUGGAGCUCAACGUAGCCAAACUGGGAUCUUGAGUAGUAUGGGCUUAUCUUCUGGACCCUCCACCACAUUUUCGGCUAUUGCAACGACUCCGGACGCUGUAUUUUAUGGCAUUUCCGCUGAUCAAAUACUGGAGUAUUCGAGCGAUAUCGCGGAACCAUCCAUAUUGAAAUACGUGGGCGUGGUAUAUCCGGAAUAAGUAGGUCCUGUAUGGUCUUGGAGCUUCAUAACAU